GGUUCCAAGCUGGCUGUAGAAGUAUCUGCAUUUAAUGGCCUCAUGAGUAACCACGAAGAUGAAGGCAAUUCAGACUUAAUUGAAAGCUUCUCCGGCUCUAAUCUACUAACUAUUAUAAAUUUAAAAUCCAACGAAGAAAAGAUCAUCUGUGCCAUUCGCAUAAAAGUUAUGCUUAUAUCUUCUGAGCCAGGGGCAGACAGUUUAGCUAUUUUUCCUCGCAUAAAAAAUUUACCAGUCAGUCAAUUCUAUGACACGAAUACACCAAUUAGUGUUGGUCAUAAAGAAGUUGCGCAUCAAAACUUUGCGGAGAUCUACAAUGAUAGCAUUGAUCCGCAAGGCUGCUGCUAUUUAGCUUGCUACUACGGCAACUAUAUUCCUCCGGCCUCUUAUUCUCUGCACUUCCAGAUGCAUUAUCAACUGGAAACUAACAAUUCAUCUGCCUUGUUUACCUGCCAAAAAGAAUUUACUGUUAUUUUCAGAACGCCUUUUGAAUUUUCUGCAGAGCUUAGAAGAGAGGGCUCCUUCUCUCCUUUGAACUGCUUGUACACUUUUGUUCCUUCUUUUAUGAUGUAUCAAGUUACGUGCCGCACUUCUUUCCCGGUUUGCGUGAAGGGCAUCUCUUUUAAUACGAAUGAUGGUUUUACAAUAAAUACCAGUUGUAUUGAGGAAGAUAUAUUAUUCCAACCCGACGACAUUUAUAGCAACGGAGUGGGUACCACUUAUUCAGGAAACCCCACAAAAACAAGUUUGGGUAUCUGCAAAAUCAGUUGGAAAAAGUCUGUAUUCCGCCCAUUGCUAUUGGAUACGGUUUCAGGCACUUUUGAAGCAGCGCUUCCAUCUUUUGUUUGUGCUGAGAGAGACAUCGUUGUAACGAAUUAUGCCCCUCGUUUUGGAAUCUUACAGAAGGCCUUAUUCUUCACCUGCGAAAUCAAGAAUUACUCGCCCGACACUCUCCAGCUGUCGGUGGCGGUAGUAGCGUCCGACGAUUUCUUCCUUUCAGGACGCACGCGGUUCCACGUGAGAGUACUCCCACAUUGUUCGCACAGUGAGAUUUUUAAUUUAAUUCCUAAAUUGUGCGGGGAACUACCACUUCCUCAACUCGAGAUUGACACUAAAAACUUUGGUAUCAUAGACUAUCCAACUGCAUAAUUCACGUGUAUAUAAAACCAAAUUAGCAG